CUUUCCGCCUCGCACUCUGCUCCACACCACCAUGGCCUCCUUGUCGCCUGGUGCCACUCUUGGCGUGAGUCUGGCCCGUGAACAUGCUCCCCAGACACCACCCAGCUGACACCAUCCAGCUAGGCAUCGUCGUCGGCCUCGUAUCGACAUGCGUCCAAUCCGUUGGUCUUACCUUGCAACGCAAGUCCCACAUGCUCGAGGAUGAAAAGGACCAACAUCUACCCCGCCGCGCCCCAUACCGUCGCAGGCGAUGGCAACUCGGCAUGCUGCUCUUCCUGCUCAGCAACAUCGUCGGCUCCUCCAUCCAGAUCACCACUCUCCCUCUCCCUUUGCUCAGCACUCUACAAGCCUCAGGCCUCGUCUUCAAUGCUCUCAUGGCCAGCCUGAUCCUCCAUGAGCCCUUCACCCGUCGCACCGCCCUCGGCACCCUUCUCGUAGCCGCUGGUGCCGUCCUCAUCUCUCGCUUCUCCGCUCUUCCCGAGCCAUCACACUCGCUCGACCAGCUCCUGAAGCUGCUAGUCUUUCCGAACUUUGUUGUCUGGAUGACCCUGACUCUACUUUUGGUUGUCGCCAUCUUGGUCGCCGACUCUGCUACCGCCGCAUUCAUGACUGCUCAGCAGAUGCAGAGACCACGCUUCAGAUUGCUGCGCGGUAUGGCUUACGGUUUGGUCUCUGGAGUCCUGUCCGCCCACGCUUUGCUCUUGGCCAAGAGCGCUGUAGAGUUACUCGUGCGUACCAUUGUCGACCACAAGAACCAAUUCGACCGCUAUCAAUCUUGGAUGUUGUUAUUACUCUUCCUUCUCUUCGCCCUUACUCAGCUCUAUUAUCUCCACCUUGGUCUAAAACUGGUCAGCACGAGCAUCUUGUACCCCUUCGUCUUUUGUGUGUACAACAUUAUCGCCAUUCUCGACGGUCUUAUAUACUUCCGCCAGGCCGAUCAACUCUCAGCUCUAUAUGCAGGUCUCAUAGCAUUGGGGACUGUCAUUCUGCUGGCGGGUGUACUUGCAUUAAGCUGGCGUCUCAGCGAAGAAGAUGCCGCUGCCGCACCUGCGGGAGGCGAGAUUUCUCAUUCCGCUCUGGCACCCGGCAUGGGUUUCGUCGACGAGCACGAACACGAUGAUGGCCCUCGACGUGCCUCUGAAACUGCACCCUUGAUGCGCAGGCACACUUUACGCGACUCCGCAUUAAUGAUAGGUCAGAAUCGACGACGGACCAGCAACGCCAGAGAAGUAGAGGAUAUCUGGGACGAGCUAGGUGAUGAGGAACGAUAUUACGGCACCUCUCCCCGUCGUGAGUCUUUGGGGACAAGCCUAGAAACCACACCAUUGCUUGACGGUCGACGGCCGGCACCUCCGAAGAUGUCGAGAUCUAUAACCGAUCCGCCAAACCACGCGCACUUCAGAAGUCGGUCCGAGCCGCUACGGCUUGAUGUGGCGGCGUACAGGCACGAGAGUAUAUCGAAACAGCUUGUGGAUUGGUGGCGUACGAGAUGGAGAAGUCGGGAAGUAGAAGACGGAGACGAUGAACAAUCUCGUGCUACAUAGGUACCAAUAGUGUUUUUAUGAAAGACUCAUUCAUCGUAUGAUACGCCCACCUUUCU